AUGCACCCUCGACAGCCCAGCGGUCCCGGUUCCACAGACGCCAUGGAGUUCUACGAUCGCAUGCACACCCCAAAACACGAGAUCGACAUGUCGGACGCCUUCGCUGCCGCAAUGCCCCCCACCGUCGGCGUCGACCAGCAUGCUCCCCUCACGAGCGUGCCCGAGGAUUCGCAGCUCGACACGCAGACGCUGACAUCCUCGGCGGCCGCAUCACCCACUCCACCUGCUGCCGCUUCGCAACACCACCAAGCCAGCCCCAACGGUCGCUCGCUCGACAAGCUUCCCAACUCCAACUACGGCCUCGUGCAGCCAGGUGGCCGUCCAGACGCUUCCUCUCGCACAUCCGCUUCCGACAUCACAAAGCCGCUGCCAGGAUUGCCCUCCACGCGUCCCACCAACGCCGAGCAGCUCUCUCUCCCGGCCACCAACCCGGCCGCACCUCACGCUGCUGCCGCUUCCACCGUCGACCCUCGUUCGACCUCGGCAGCUCCCAACCUAGCAGCUUUGGCACCCCAGCACAUCCCGCGUCCGCUCGCAGCGUCUCAAUUCGCUCCCUCGCCUGGCUCGGCCUCUCCUCUUCGCACGCCACCAAGGCAGGCUCCGCUCGAUGCCUCCACCUCCUCCUCCUCCGUCGAGCCCUUGCGCAUGCCUAACUCCAUCUCCAUGGGUCCAUUCUCCCCGCCAGAUGCAGAUCCUCAUCGCGCCAUGAUGGACAGCAAUCGCAACAGCAUCGACGAGAUCCGUCGCAACCACGCCGCAAGAGCUGCACGUCGCCAGUCUCACAACCCUUCCGUCACAGACCAACGCGACGCCAACGGUCUCGUGCCCGACGCCGCCUUCACCCCGACUCGCGGACACGCGCAGAACCACAGCGAGGCUCUCGCCGCCUCUCCCGACCCCGCACAGCGCCACCGUCGCGGCAUGGCUUCCGAGCCCCCACGUCCUUCCAGCGUGCUCGAGACGCGUGCCGCUCGCAUCGAGGCGGUUCAGCGACACCACCAAGGCCACUCCCGCGUCGACGAAGGCAGCUCCGACACCUUCGACGCAACCGACACCUUUGCCUCCUCACGCGACACUAACGUCGAUCGCUCCUCCCAGCAGCACUUGCAACUCCGCGCAGCACGUGAGCACGAAGAACGCGAGCGCGAGCGCCAGCUCGAAUACCAGCAGCAGCAGCAGCAGCAGGCACAUCAGCAAAAGAUGCUCUUACGUGAACAGGAGCGCGAGCGAGAGCAGGAACGCGAGCGUGAGCGCGAACGUCAGAGGCUCAAGGAAAAGGAGCGCGAGCGCGAACGCGAAAGGGAAAAGGAACGCGGCGACCGAGACCGCGAUCGCGAACGACGCGGCAGGCGUCUGCUCGGCGACUAUGCGCUCGGCAAGACCCUCGGCGCAGGCAGCAUGGGCAAGGUCAAGCUCGGCGUCAAGAUGGGCAACGGCGAAAAGGUCGCCAUCAAGAUCAUCCCACGCCACACCUCCGUCGCCGCCGCCCAGUCGCCCCGCCCCGCCGUCGACGAGAACGGCAAGCCGCAACCGCCGCCACCUCCGCCCACCGCCUCCUUCCUCGCCAAAGCAGCCGCAAAGGACCAGUCCAAGGAGAUCCGCACCAUCCGCGAAGGCUCCUUGCAGAUCCUCCUCCACCAUCCCUAUGUCUGCGGCAUGCGCGAGAUGAUCAUCCACACAAACCACUACUACAUGGUCUUUGAAUACGUCAACGGCGGCCAGAUGCUCGACUACAUCAUCAGCCACGGUCGCCUCCGCGAGCGCAGCGCACGCAAGUUCGCCCGCCAGAUCGGCAGCGCACUCGAGUACUGCCACCGCAACAGCAUCGUCCAUCGCGAUCUCAAGAUCGAAAACAUCCUCAUCUCCAAAACUGGCAACAUCAAGAUCAUCGACUUUGGCCUCAGCAACCUCUUCUCGCCCCACUCCCACCUCUCCACCUUCUGCGGCUCCCUCUACUUUGCCGCGCCCGAACUGCUCAACGCAAAGGUCUACACCGGCCCAGAGGUCGACGUCUGGUCGUUCGGCAUCGUGCUCUACGUGCUCGUGUGCGGCAAGGUGCCCUUCGACGAUCAGAGCAUGCCUGCCCUCCAUGCAAAGAUCAAGCGCGGUCAGGUCGAGUACCCCGCCUGGCUCAGCGGCGAGUGCAAGCAUCUCUUGUCGCGCAUGCUCGUCACCAACCCCGCCAACCGCGCCACGCUCGCCGAGGUGCUCGCACAUGCCUGGAUCGUCAAGGGCUACGACGGCGCGCCCGACCCGCAUCUGCCGGACCGCACGCCGCUUCGUCCCCACAACCUCGAUCCUGAGGUCAUCAAGGGCAUGGUCGGCUUCGAGUUCGGCACGCCCGAGGCCAUCACCGCAAAGCUCACCGAGGUGCUCACGAGCGAAGCCUACCAGACCUCGCUCCACCACUGGGAGCUCAAAAACUUGCCUGCAAGCCUCAACGGCCUCAGCACCGCAGCCAACUCCGGCUCCUCGCUCGAUUCCUCUACGCUCAACCGUCUCUCCACGCGCGGAAGCAUGAGCGCCGCCGGCGGCUCCGACACGGUCAAGUCCAAGACGGGCUCACGGCGCUUCUCGGGCAUCGAAUUCUACCGCAAGAAGCUCACCACCAACCCGCUUGCGGCGGCUUUCGGCAGCAAGGACGACUCGUCCAUCGGCUCCGCCAACGGCUCCAACGGCCUAGGCUCGGGCACAGGCCUCCUGCCAUUUGGCAAGGAGCCGCUGGAUCCCACGCGUGGCUUCCACCCGCUCAUCUCGAUCUACUUUCUCGUCAAGGAAAAGAUGGACCGCGAGCGUCUGUAUGGUCAUUCGUUCUUUGCAUCGUCCAAUCUCUCGCUCAAUGGUCCGCCCGUGCCGCCUUCGGGCGCCGCCGGUAUCGGUGCGGGUGCGGGUGCCGGUACGGGCGCCAGGGCAGCCGCGAGCGGCGCCAUGCCUACCGCCGCCGACAUUCCGCAAGAAGCGCUGCGCGUGCCCGAGGCGCCGCAUGUGUCGCACCGCGCCUACGAUCCGUCGCGUCAGGAAGCGGCGCUGGCAGGGCCGGCGCCACCACGUCCAGUGGCCGCCAUGAUGCCGGUGCCUGCGUCGCCGACGCCCGUGUUCGAGUCACGUGAGAAGUCGCGGCCGACGGGCAUCAUGGCUGGGCCGCCGCGUGCCCGCGCCAACGCCGAGGAGAUGGAGGCGGCGCUGCGCGAAAAGGGCCUGCCCUCGCCGAACGAGGCAGCGUUUGCGCAGAGCAGCAUCGGCGGUAUGACGCCGGUGCCGGCCGCAAGCACGGCUGGCAAGCGGCAGUCGUUCUCGGUCGCCCCGCCCGUCGCAGAGAUGGUCGCACCGCCGUCGCAUCGACACUCGAUGAUGGUGCCGGACACGAGCAUGGCGAUGGCCAACAACCACAAGCGCAGCGUGAGUCUCACAUCGCGUCGCGCGCCCGUCGCUCUCACCACGCCUGCCGUCGCUGCUGGCGUGGUUGGCGUUGCUGCCGACGCAGCCGCGGCGGACGGGCGAAAAAGUUCAACCUUUUCGCCUGCACGCGCGGACAAGAAUGCUGCGCAACUGCAGACGCCGGCCAAGUCGGAAGCGGGCACGGCGGCGUCGUCGCCCUCGGCCGCCAACACCAGCUCGACGCUCGGAUAUGGAGCGACGCUGGCGCGCCGCUUCAGCUCGUUCAUGAGCCGCUCGCCGUCGCAGCCGCUGGAUGCCGAGGCGCGCGAGCGCAAGAAGCAGAGCCGGAUGAGCACGGGCGGCAUGCUGCUGGGCAACAAUGCGCAGCAGCAGCGCCGCGGCAGUGCGCACAUGGCGCUGAGUGGGGUGCAGGAGGACAACCGUGCGUCGGGCGAUGCCUACGACUACGACGAGGCGGAAGAGCACGCCACUACGCACGAGGACGACGACGAUGUGCCGCUCAACAAUGCCACCACGGUGCGCCGCUCGGGCACGCUUGGAGACAUGCCAGUGUCGCGUCCGAACGCGCGCAACGUGCGAGAGGGCUCGAUGGGCGCAGCGUCGGUGGGGCGUGCAGCGGGGCUGUCCAUGUCGCCCAAGGCGGCGGCUGCGUCCAACGCGCGACGGCCGAGCACAGGCAUGGCGACGUCGACGAGUGCGCCUCUCAACAUGUUCAGCGCUGCAGGAGCGGGCGAUGCGGUCAGCAGGCCGGGCGGUCAGACGUCGCCGGCGCAAGAGAUCAGUCCGAGCAACUCGGGCACCGGCUGGAUGGGGCCUACGACGCCCGGGCAGGCCGAGGUGCUGCCGGUGCUCGCCACGCGACGCCAGCGCUUUGGCGGCGGCGGCGGUGGCACGGCGGGCUCGCCUGGGAGCGCGCAGAACGGCAGCGUGGCAGCCGAGGGCGCGUCGAAGCCGAUCUUCCUCAAGGGCCUGUUCAGCGUGCAGACGACGUCGACCAAGCCGCGCACGGUGAUCCAUGCGUCGCUCGUCAAGGUGCUCGACCGCAUCGGCGUGCAGUACCGCGAGAUCCGCGGCGGCUACGAGUGCGUGCAUCUGCCGAGUCUCGACUUUUCGGGCUCCGACUCGAUGGGCAAGGGCAAUGCGAGGAUCCCGCUCGAGACGGUGGCCGCUGCUGCGGCGGCAGCGGCGGCAGAGGCCGAGACGGCUGAGCGCUCGCCCACGUCCGAGGAAGGUGGCAAGGGCCCCAAGCGCAAGCCGAGCCGACUUUCGUUUGUAUCGGGUCGAAGCAAAGAUAAGGAUCGUGCGGGGCGCAGGGAUGGUUCUGUGGCCGACAGCAUCGGUGGUGGUGGAGAGCGCGGGGCGGGUACGGUUCGCAGUCGGACGCCGUCGUUGACGAGCAGUGCAGCGUUUGCCCAGGCAGGAGAGGCAGCAGCUUCGCCGCCCCUGCCGCCCAAGACGCCUUCGAAGCCGUCGCUGCUAACGCGGUCGCCGAGGCAGCGCGCCGAUUCGAUGGGCGCCAACUCGAUGCUGCGCCGCUCUGGUUCGCGCGACUCGAACCUCAUGCUCGAUGCGAGCGUGGCCGGCGACACCUCGGUUGCCUCUCCUGCAACAGGUGGUGGUGGAGCGGUGAUGGCCAAGACCAUGGGUGCGGCUCAGGCAACCGAGCUCGCAGUGCGCUUCGAGAUCUUUGUCGUCAAGGUACCGCUGUUGCUGGGUGUGAAUGGUCUGCAGUUUAGGAGGGUCGGUGGCAAUCCGUGGCAGUACCAGAUGCUUGCCAAGCGCAUCCUGCAGGAACUCAAGCUGUAG